AUGGGAUCAAACUUCCAGGGUCAACUUUCACAAGGAAGAGAUUAUCCACCAGAGCACUUCACUCUAAGAAUUGAGUCUUUCUCGCUAAUGGUUAAAUCCUCGAUACAUGAAUACGUUUCCGAUCAAUUUCAAGUUGGGGACUACACAUGGAAAUUGCACAUACAUCCCAAUGGGAAAAAGGAGAAGGGAGGUGAGGGUUACAUCUCCCUAUAUUUAGAAUUGGUUGAUACCUUCAAGUCUGGCUGGCCAAUAAAUGCUGUUAUCAAAUUCUUUGUAUUGAAUCAAAUCAAUAACAAAUAUUAUACUACCCCAGGCCCAGAUUCUGUAGUGUCAUUUCAUCCGUUGAGCAAACUAUCUGGCAUUGAUAAAUUCAUUGAUCUUCCUACUUUUGAACUUUCUUCCAACGGAUACCUUGUUGACAACAAAUGUGUGUUUGGUACUGAGGUUCUUCUUGUCAAACAAGAUCCCAAACUGGAGGUGUUGAUUUUACAGGAUGAAGACUCUUGUCUUACCGGCUCCUACAUUUGGAAGAUCAAAUCUUUUUCUAGUCUUUCUCUUGAUAGCUAUGAUUCUGAAAAAUUUACUUGUGGUGAUUUUAAAUGGAAUAUCAGUCUUUAUCCUAGAGGAAAUAGUGUUGGCAAAAAUAAUAGUAUUUCGGUAUAUCUAUGCUUGGAUGAAUCGACUCUUCCCAACAAUACCAAAAUCUACGUCAAGUAUAGGAUUCACUUAUUAAACAAUGUCAAGUUGAAUAAGUUUGGUUUUACAGAUUAUCAUUACUUCAAUGCUAUGUCUCUAAGUUGGGGCUAUCCGAAGUUCAUGGCAUUCGAUGAACUACAAUACCCUAAAAAUGGGUUCUUGGUGGAUGAUUGUUGCUCUGUUGAAGCACAUGUUACCGUUCUAGGAAUGAUCAACACUGCAUCAUGA